AGACUCCGCCCAUUUUACCAUGGAUCGAGAGAGUGCACUGAGAUUAGAGACGCCGAGAAGAGAGUUGAUCUCCCGUGCGCGCUCCUUCAGUCUUGCCACCUCGAAAAACCGUUGCAAAAAAAUGGACAACGAGAAGGCGUUAAGGUUUGAACUCGAAUGUCGUCGUACCGGAAAAUGCCGGGAAAUUGUAGCCGAUGUGCAGCACAGUCGAAUGCCACGUCACAUGGAGCAAGAGGCCUGCUCAUUGGCCGCCAAAAGCAUUAUGACAUAUCACUUGGAACAUGAUAUUGCUCGCCAUUUGAAAAUGGCAUUUGAUAGAGAAUAUGGACCAGAUUGGCAUUGUAUUUGUGGAAAACAUUUUGGAUCUUUUGUCACUUUUGAGCCAGAUAGCUUCAUCUAUUUCCGGAUCGGAACAAUCGCCUUUAUGCUAUUCAAAACAUCACUUCAACGACUGCCAAUUAUGGAAAAACACUUGGAAAAUGUUAAAUUAACACCUACAACUAUUCUGGGAAGAAGUAGACUGAUGACACCAAAAAGUGAAGAUGAUGAAGAAAGUACAAGUGCAUCGGAUGUUUCAUAAAAACUCCAUUUUCUCGCUGUAUUUUUUGUUGGUUGUAUUUAUCUGAACCUUGAUCAAUUGAUUGCAUUCAUGGGUAUCUCUUCUUUUUGUAAAAUUUCUGAAAAAUAAAUGAAUCUCUAAAUU